GAAGCGGCGGCGGGGACGACUCGGGGCCGAACCUUGGCGCGAGCGGGCGGCGCCAUGGAGCUAACGGCCCCUCCGCGGCCCUGGGCCUUCCUCUGGCUGGCGGCCGCGGCGCUGCUGCUGCCGGGGGCGGCGGCAUUACAGUGUUUUUGCCAUCUUUGUACAAAAGACAACUUUACAUGCGUGACGGAUGGGCUCUGCUUUGCCUCAGUAACACGGGCUCAAGACCGAGUAAUACACAAUAGUAUGUGCAUAGCAGAAGUGGAUCUGAUUCCACGAGACAGGCCAUUUGUUUGUGCCCUCUCAUCAAAGAAUGGAGUUGUUACUAGGCCUUACUGCUGUGUCACAGACUACUGCAAUAAAGGAGAACUUCAAAUUCCAACGCCAGUCCCUACUUCCGGAGAAUCCUCUUCUAAUCUGGGACCUGUGGAAUUGGCAGCUAUCAUUGCUGGACCAGUCUGUUUUGUUUGCAUUUCACUAAUGUUGAUUCUGUAUAUCUGCCAUAAUCGUACUGUCAUUCAUCAUCGUGUACCAAGUGAAGAAGAUCCCUCAUUGGAUCGCCCUUUUAUAUCAGAAGGAACUACUUUAAAAGAUUUAAUUUAUGAUAUGACUACUUCUGGCUCUGGGUCAGGUCUACCUUUACUUGUUCAAAGAACAAUUGCAAGGACUAUCAUACUUCAAGAAAGCAUUGGGAAAGGUCGCUUUGGAGAAGUCUGGCGAGGGAAAUGGAGAGGAGAAGAAGUUGCAGUGAAGAUAUUCUCUUCAAGAGAAGAACGCUCAUGGUUUCGUGAGGCAGAAAUUUAUCAAACUGUUAUGCUACGUCAUGAAAAUAUCCUUGGAUUUAUAGCGGCAGACAAUAAAGACAAUGGUACAUGGACUCAGCUCUGGUUGGUGUCAGAUUAUCAUGAGCAUGGAUCACUCUUUGAUUACCUAAACAGGUAUACCGUUACUGUGGAAGGAAUGAUAAAGCUAGCUUUGUCCACUGCCAGUGGACUUGCACAUCUUCACAUGGAGAUUGUUGGCACACAAGGAAAACCAGCCAUUGCUCAUAGAGACUUGAAAUCAAAAAAUAUAUUGGUGAAAAAGAAUGGAACGUGUUGUAUUGCGGAUUUAGGACUGGCAGUGAGACAUGAUUCAGCUACAGAUACAAUUGAUAUUGCCCCAAACCACAGAGUGGGAACAAAAAGAUACAUGGCUCCUGAAGUCCUAGAUGAUUCCAUAAAUAUGAAACAUUUUGAGUCAUUCAAGCGAGCCGACAUCUAUGCGAUGGGAUUAGUGUUCUGGGAAAUAGCACGGCGAUGUUCAAUUGGUGGAAUACAUGAAGACUACCAGUUACCAUACUAUGACCUAGUCCCUUCAGAUCCGUCAGUUGAAGAAAUGAGGAAAGUUGUUUGUGAGCAGAAGCUGAGACCCAAUAUUCCAAACAGAUGGCAAAGUUGUGAGGCAUUACGAGUAAUGGCCAAAAUUAUGCGUGAAUGUUGGUAUGCCAAUGGAGCAGCCAGGCUAACAGCUUUACGCAUUAAGAAAACAUUAUCACAGCUCAGCCAACAGGAGGGCAUAAAAAUGUAAUCCUGGAUUUACUACUGAAGAGCGCUUUAAAGAUCCAUAGCUGAAUCUGGGUGGCAUGUUCAGAAGGUUAAUAGCUCUACCUCACUGAGGGAACAGAAGGAUAUUGCUGCCUUUUGAUACUUUAUAGGAACAUCAGUUGUUAGCCCCGGGAUUUCUGUGAACAUGGUAAACAGUUGUGUUUGGGUCUUUUUUGUGCACUAUGAACACCUCUUUCCCAGGACAAUUACAAAACAUUGUGUAGUCUAGCUUUAUUUUUAUUAACAUGUAACUCUAUUUUAAAAGUUGAUUACUGGUCUUAACUUUUCAUUAACUGUGCUGAAGACAUGAAGAUCAUUAAGGUUUUGGAGCUGGUUCACUACAUUGUAUACAGUGCAUUGAGGGUUCUUAAGUGAUUUUAUUUGUGGUUGGUACAACUGAGUAUUCUGAACCACUGCAAAAUUUUUCUUUGAUUCAGGUUUUGAAUGUAUUAUUGCAGUAUAACUUUCUAGCUAUUAAGCUUACAUCUAUUGACACCUACCUUGAUUUACAAAAAUGACCUCAUUCACUUGUGGGGAACAUAAUUUAUGCAACUAUAUUUUGUAUACUGUUACUGUGCUUUCACUUAUUCAGAACAUUGCAUUGCCUUCAAAAUAGAUUGUACUAUACCAGUAAGUGCCACUUCUGAGUCUUUAUAAUGCAAAUCAAUAGGAACAUACAAAGUUUAUGGUACUUGUGGUUUCAAAACAGAGUUCAAAAAUGGAAUUAUUCCUUUGCUUAAUGACAUAAUUAACUCUCUAUUUGGCAUGUAGCUGCAUCAUUCUUGGAAUAACUUUUUUACCAAGAUCUGAUUCUUAAACCACUGUAUGAAUUUAAAUGGUAUGCAAGGUAGUUAAUUCAGUGUUAUGUUCUAGAACUGUGCAUCACAUGUAAUAAGUUCUAAUUAUUAUAUCGAAUAAGAAUUUUUUUUAAUGAAUUGGCACUCUUAAAAUGUUUGUCAUACUCUUAUCUAAGGCCUGGUCUACACUAGCAAGAGGACUAAAGGUUUUUAAGAUAAAAGGGAAGAAGUUUUACUCUUUGAAGUCAUUUGUGAGAGAUUUACUUUUCAGUUCCUCAAAGUCUUUCCUUUUUCUUCUCGAACAGUAUUAUUUGCAAGACAAGAAUUAACUUUAUCUAUAAUUAGAGAUGAUUAACUGUAAUAUUUGGGCUUGUUUUAUUAGGAAGUUAAAAGCUGCUCUCAAAUUAUACAUGCAUAUACUGUGUGUAUGUGACAUACACACAGUGGUGAGCUGCAAGACUUUGGAUACACACACCAGAAGGUUCUGGUGCCCUUGUUAUAACUACAAGAGCAAAGAUAGUUUGUGUUGUCAUUAGAACCCUGAAAAAAAUAUGCACAGAUUUACUCAACCUUCAAAUCUCCAACAGGUAUAUCUUUUUUCACAGGAUUUUAACAAACUUUUAAGAUGCAGAUUGUAUCACUACCUGUCUGAAUGUCUCUUAAAAUUGUUAAACGCAUGGGGGGCGAGCGGGAAAUCGGGAGAAUAAUCUUUGUCCUGAAACUCAGUUUUUAACCAUUACAAAUAUCUGCUUGGGUAGCAGGCAUUUGCCUAAUGUUAACUUUACUAAUGCACAAAAAAAAAAAUGGAUUGCUAUAUGCACAACAUAUCUCUCUCUCUCUCUCUCUC